AUGAAAAUAGAGAAGUUGCGUUCGAUCCGAGAGGGACAUUAUAGAGUUAUUUCGAAUCAGUUAGCAAAAAUCGAAGCGGCGAAGGAGAAUGCGAAUUGGAUAGAAUUCAACACGAUUAUCGAUGCGACAUCGCAGAAGCUAGAAGUAAUUAAAUCACUUAAUGAGAAGAUUCUAGAAGCUACAGAAGUGGCGGAGAUCGAAGAUGAAAUUGUGAACGCAGAGGAGUUUUGUUUGGGUAUUGAAGUCAAACUACGAUAUUUCGAGGACUUGAGCAAAAAUUCGACCAGCGGAGAAGACGAGCAGACGACCCAAAGCCCAGACGACAACGGAAACAACGCGAACAGGCCAACAGAAUCAGAGGUAAAUCAAGCUGCAAGCCAAAAUGUGAGUAGGUCUUUUUCAAAUGCUUCACUUUAUCAGAGACUUCCAAAAUUAUCACUUCCGGUUUUCAGUGGUGAUAUCCUUGAGUGGCAAAGUUUUUGGGACUCUUACGAAUCUACAGUACAUUUGAAUCCAAACUUAACUGAAGUGCAGAAAUUUAGCUAUUUGAAGACGCAGCUUGAAGGCAGUGCAGCCCAAGUUAUUCAAGGAUUUGCCCUUACACACGCAAACUACAUUCAAGCGAUUGAUUUGUUGAAAGAGAGAUUUGGACAGUCUCAUAAAAUAAUUCAUGCAUACAUACAAGCUUUGCUUAAUUUACCAGCCCCAAGUAAUACGCUUCAGAGCAUGAGGAAUUACACAGACAAAUUAGAGGCUUAUGUUCGAUGGUUAGAGUCGCUUGGUCAGUGCCAGAGUACGUACGGAACUCUAUUAGUGCCAGUGAUAAUUAAUAAACUUCCGUCGGAUGUACGCAAGAAUUUAGCGCGAGAACAUGGUAGUGAUAAUUGGCAUUUGGAAGAUUUACGGAAAGCGUUAUACCGUGAGUUGAAUAUCAUGGAAGCGGGGCAGGCCCAAGAAGCAGCAGAUUACUAUGCACCUACAGCAUCUUUUUUCACAAACGCACAGUCCAAAUCCAAAACCGGAAGUAGACAGAAACCAGCAUACAUUGCGCGCAGUGAUCAGAAACAGUGUAUUCACUGCAAAGAAAAUCACCAUGCCAACCACUGUUCAAAGGUCCCUGAUGUGAAAGCCCGUAAAGACAUUAUUAAGAAGAAACGUUUGUGCUUUAACUGUUUGAAAAACCACCAAGUGGUAAACUGCCGUUCGAACUUUCGAUGUCUGAAAUGUAAAAGAAAACACCACACUAGCAUUUGUGAAAAUGGUACGGAUACCAAGGAAAAUAUUGGCACAAGCAACGCAGUACAACUUAUUGCAGCAAGUCAGCCAGCCAGCCAGUCUGAGGCAGCCAUUUUGCAUUCUGCGUUUGAACCCCGACCAGAAGUUUUACUGAAGACCGCCGUUGCAGAAGUUUGUGCUGGAGAUAAUUACGCCCAAGCGAAUAUUUUGUUUGAUGAAGGGGCUCAGCGUUCAUUCAUAUCGGAGAAGCUCGCUCAAACACUAAAAGUCAAACCCAGUGGUAGCACAGCCAUCAGUUUAGCAACUUUCGGAGACACAUCACAGAAUCAGAGACACCUAGAUACUACAACCAUUUAUUUUAUGUUUUUCGAUGUUGGAGCCAAGAUUCCACUUCAAGUGAUGAUCAUUCCGACAAUUGCCGUCCCCUUACGGAAUAUUCCGAAUUCUGUCCUGUCUUUACCACACCUGAGAAACCUGAAGUUAGCACAUCCCAUGAUAGAUGAAGACCAGUUUGAUAUUUCAUUAUUGAUAGGAGCCGACCAUUACUGGAGCAUCGUAGGUAACCAGACGAUUCGAGGUAACGGGCCUACAGCCGUAAGUUCGAGCAUUGGUUAUUUAUUGUCAGGUCCAGUUGAAACAACCAGUGUUAUUACACAGUCUUGUUUUGCCCUAAAUGUGAUGACAUCAGAUAUAGACCGAUUCUGGAAACUAGAGUCUAUUGGAAUAAUUCCCGAAGACGACCAAGGUAAAGAUAAAUUACAGUCAUAUCAAGAGAAUGCUAUUAAGUUUACCGACGGAAAGUAUGAAGCUAAACUACCCUGGAAAGAAGACCACGCCCAUCUCCCUACAAACUAUGAAGUAACUAGGAGAAGAACCGAAUCCCUGAUAAGUCGACUACGCCGAGAACCUCAGAUUCUAGAGAAGUAUGCAGAGAUACUACAAGAACAAGAGAGAAGAGAUUUCAUUGAGAAAGUUGACGAUAAUGAGAAACUACCCCCGCAAGUAAACUAUACUCCCCACCAUGCAGUCAGAAAAGAUUCCUCCACCACGCCCAUUCGUAUAGUGUAUGAUUGUAGUUGUAGGGAAUCAAUUCAUUCCCCAAGCUUGAACGACUGCCUUGACUCCACCCCACCCUCACUAAAUGAUCUAUCACAAAUUCUAGUAAGAUUCCGACUUGGAAACUACGCAGUAUCAACAGAUAUAGAGAAAGCAUUCCUGAAUGUACGCCUAGAAAAAGAAGACAGAGAUGUGACAAGAUUUUUAUGGUUGAGUGAUCCGAGUAAUCCAGAUAGCCCGUUAUCAGCAUACCGAUUCAAAGCCAUUCUAUUCGGUGCAACUUGCUCCCCAUUUAAACUCAGUGCUACACUACUCAAACAUCUUGACAACAACGCCAACAGCUGGGUCAGCAGAUUCCUGAAGAGAGACUUAUACGUAGACAACAUAUUAUCGAGUUUCCAAACAGAAGAUGAAGUUUUGAGGUACUUUCGAGACACAAGGGAUCUGAUGCUACAAGGAGGAUUCAACCUGAGAUCAUGGGCAUCAAACAGUCAAUGCUUACAAGUAGCCGCCACAGAAGAAGGUGUCCUUGACAGCGACAAAAUAACAAAAAUUCUAGGCAUGCUUUGGACUACCAAUACAGAUGAGAUAUCAUACCCGAACAGAGACAUUCCAAUAACCCCAAAUGUGACUAAACGCACUAUUUUGCAGUUUACAUCCCGAGUAUACGACCCACUUGGCUUACUAAGCCCAGUAUUAAUACGCGCGAAAAUUCUACUCCAAGAUCUAUGGAAAGGCAAGCACACGUGGGAUAAAGUUUUACCAGACGGCAUCUAUAAGAAAUGGCUCCAUAUUGCACGUGACGUAAAUGACGUAAUGGAAAUGAGAAUCCCCCGCUGCCUCUUCAAUUCAUACGAUACAGACGAUAAACACCCAACAGCAGAUGAUACUAUCCUACACGUUUUUGUUGAUGCUAGUAUCCAAGCUUACGGCGCGACAGCUUACCUUUGCAGACGACAACAAUCGACUCUAGUGAUGGCAAAAUCCCGUGUGGCACCCUUGAAGAAAAUCACAUUGCCAAAGUUAGAACUGAUGGCAGCCGUGAUUGGAGCACGUUUAGCGAGACACAUUCUACAAGCGAUAGACAUACAAGAUGUGAUAUUUUGGUCAGACAGUCAAAUCGUGUUACACUGGUUGAGCACCUCGAGACCGGUAAACAGAUUCGUCCAAAAUAGAGUUACAGAGAUAAGAGACCUAACCCAGAACCGGAAGUGGAAAUACUGUCCCACAAAACACAAUCCAGCCGACCUUCUCACAAGAGGUAUCACAGCAUCCCAGUUCAUAAACAAUCACCUAUGGAUGCAUGGUCCAGACUGGUUAACUUACCAAACUCAGUGGCCUGUAUGGAUGCAGGCAGACACCAUCACCAUGGCAACCUUUACAGACGAGACGCAAGAAACAGAUGAACAUCCGUUUCCACGCAGUCUACUUCAAGACAGUCUACACGUUUUAAUAGACUUGUCAAGGUACAACAGCUAUAGAAAACUUAUUCGAGUCACUGCAUACGUUCUUAGAUUUAUAAACAACUGCAGGGCCGUCACCAUACGACGAAGAGACCCUUUAAACGUAAUAGAACUCCAGAACGCAGAGCACAAGUGGCUACAGAAUUGCCAGCACACUGAAUAUGCCAGAGAAAUAUCCAGCCUGAAGACCUCUGAGAAGAGACUACCCAUAGUGCGCCAGUUGAAACUAUUUCUUGACGACAGAGGAGAUUUACGUUGUGGCGGGAGAAUACAAAACGCCCCAUUGGAAUAUGCUACCAAGUUCCCAUACUUACUUCCCCCCAAACACACACUGACACGCCUGAUUGUUCGAGACGUCCAUACCCGCCAUCUACAUACGGGAGAGAACGCUACCAUAACUUACUUACGUCAGAAGUACUGGAUUCCUUCCAUUCGCAGAUGUGUCCAGACAGAGAUACGAAAAUGUGUGACAUGCAAAAGAAUUAAUGGUAAACCAUACCCAGCCCCAGAUCCCCCACCCCUACCGAAAUUUCGACUAGAAGACAGCGCCCCAUUUACGGUAACAGGAGUGGAUUUUACCGGUGCACUACAUGUAAAAGAUCAACGUGGAAAUAUGAGUAAAGCGUACAUAUGCCUUUUCACGUGCGCUUCUACUAGAGCAUUACAUUUAGAAGUAGUCCAGAAUUUGACUGAAAGUUCCUUCAUGCAAGCGUUUAGAAGAUUUUGCAGCAGGAAAUCAUUACCACACAUAAUGGUUUCUGACAAUGCAGCUACAUACCAGGCAGCAUCAAGGCAUCUGCGUCAAUUAUUCGAUUCCCAGUCCAUGAAAGAAGCCCUCAACCAAGAAGGAACACAAUGGUAUUUCAUCCCAGCUAGAGCCCCAUGGUACGGUGGGUGGUGGGAGCGCCUGAUAGGUUUAACCAAGAUCACGCUAAAGAAAGUUCUCGGGCGUCGAUGCAUUAAUUUAGAAGAACUUCAAACGAUAACCACGGAAGUAGAAGCUGUACUCAAUGAUCGACCGAUUACAUACGUGACGUCAGAUGAUUCAGAUCCACAACCGUUAACGCCGGCACACUUAUUAUACGGCCGGCAGGUGAAGAGUUUACCGACGAAGAAUGUACCAAUAGAAUCGGUAUCAGAUCCAGCAGUUGGCAACCGUUCCAGUAUUACUAGACGAGCCAGGGUCCAGAAGGAACUAAUCGAGCACUUCCGGGAACGAUGGCGCCACGAGUAUUUGACGGCGUUGCGCGAGUAUCACCGAGUGACGGGUAACAAUAAGCAGACGAUAUCAGUAGGUGAUGUAAUACAGAUCCAUGAUGACACACCUCGUGCGCGGUGGAGAUUAGGUGUGGUACACGAACUUAUAUAUGGGAAAGAUGGACUGAUUCGUGCAGCCAAAGUAAAAUCGAAUAGUGGAAUAUCAGUGAGACCAAUUAUAAAACUGUAUCCGUUGGAAACAAAGUGUCUCCGUGUGUAUCAGUAA